AUGCCUGGCAUCAUCAUGGACGAUCCAAGCGCCCACGGAGGAUGGGGCGUCGCCGCGACGAUGAACGGAGAUACUGCGAUUUCUGAUAAUAACGGCCACGCCGAAAACAACUCCCACGCGAAUGGUCGAACGAAUGGCAUCAAGUCUCAGCAAGCCGUUGUGUCUGCGUCCCUAGAUCUCCCUCCACCCGAAAUAGCUCAUAUAACACAAGGUUUCUUCCCACUUGCUAAAGGUAUUAACAGAGUGGUUGUCCAGUGCUGGAACGAUCUUCUGCAGCUUCUGAGCGAAUUGGGGGAUGUCCAUCCCAAUCAACCAGGCGGCGGUAGUCAGUCUACCCUGGCCGCUGCUAAAAAGAGCCAGAUACUCGAAUUUUCUCAGGCAAAGAGGGCUGAAUUUAUCAAACUCCUCGUUCUAUCACAAUGGGGCCGACAGGCAGUCGAAGUUGGCAGAUUAAUUGAUUUGCAGUCUUUCAUUCGCCAGCGCUAUGAUUUAUAUCACCACACGCUCUUCCUCGCUGGGAAUAUAAAACGCGAUCUUUUUAAGGCGCAAAUGGGAAACCCUGACCUAGAAACAGCAUUAGAAGCCCUUUCGACUGGGGCUGUUUCUGCACUGCCCGCGCUGGCAUUCCUCCCUCCAGGAAUAUUAUCUCCUAAAGAUACCUUGAAAACACUUCGGAAAAUCAAUAAACUAAUAAGCAUCAGACUCAUAACCCAUGAUCCCAUUCCAGAAUACGCCACAUAUCACAUCCAUGAUGGAAGGGUCACUUUCACAAUCCCGCAUGAAAUUGAACUAGACCUCUCAAUAGCCCAGGAAACAAAAGCCUCCCAGUUCUUCUUUGUUGACCUCCGAUUCAUAUUCACUCCAUCAUCAGUUCUUUCUAAGGGCCCAGUUCGUGAUAGCCUAGAACGCACCAUCAACACUACUCUUAUGAAAUCAGGGAUUGUGGGAUGUUGUGAUCUCCUUCACAACCUAGUUCUGACCCAAAAGAUCAUGACAUGCUUUAGACAGGCCGUUGCUUUAACUCGUUCUUACUGGGGAGACAAUCUACGCAUUGAGCUGUUACACCGCACACUGGUGAUUCAGUACUGGGCUAAUCGACCUGGGCCAAAGAGUUGGAUUGAGAUUGGUGCUAGGUUCAACAAGUCACAGCGUCGAGCCGGGGCUAGUCAACCAGAAAUAUCUCGUUUAUACGUUCGUUGGAUUCGAGAUAACAAAGAGGUUUCCAUCGAGAGUACACAGUUCGAUUGCGAAAUAAUAUCUGUUGAGUCAAUACUGCGAGGAAUUAUAUCACAACAUAUCGGCGACGUGUUCCUCGAAAUGUAUAACAAACUUGCUAUGGCCAAGCUGUAUGGCCAAGGGGGAUUACACCUUGGGCUAAACAAAUCAGCAACGGAGCCCGGAAACUGCUACCUUGACGCUCACCUCACCCACAGGAAAACGCUGAGGGUUGCAAUCGAACCGAUAGGAGGUGGAGUGGCUUUACAGACUAUUCCGCUCUCAUUAAACCGACACGACACCGAAUCCGACCCUAGUAAAGGGCUUUCUAUAGACGCCUACGACCGCAUAUGUCGACUGAGAUGUCUAGCUGCAAUGGAGGAGGCUGAAAGCCACGGACGGGUCGUGGGUUGGAAGUUAAUAAGCCCUGGAAACUUAGACAUGUUUACCCUACGCAAAGUGCUGCCCGUGAAUGAGAUUCGAAACAUAUCACUCUUCCAGCAUAGGGACUGGGACUCUGACUGGCUCGUCGCCUUUACGAGCAGUAUGGAGAGGGAUGACUGGUGGGUGGUUCAGUUGGAGAGCGAUGCACCAGCGUUAUCUCAACCUCAAUCAUCCAGCAAUGGUCGACUCAUACGACUACGGCAGGCCCACCCUAUCACAGGACAAUGCAGAAGCUUACCCGACAAGCUUCGACACCUUUCCUUCGCGAAGUUCGCCAAUGCUAUAUCUGGCAUGGUCGUGGCGCAUUCAAACGCAAACCGUCUAAAGGAACUUAGACUCCGUCACUCCCCACCGAUAGAUGAGCUGGUAUUAGGCGUUGAUAAUCAGGUCCCCAGGAUAAGUGUUCGCUUCAAGGCAUCUGACCUUCCUGACCAACUACGAGUAAUCUCCCCUUUGUCGAGCGGGCGGGCUAUUGUGAGGGACACGAUCUACCUAUCAUACCAAGGGGUUAACCAUCGAACCCGUGAAGCUAUAGUAAUAGCUACCGGAAUGUUUGCGGUCCCUGUUUCGAAACUUGGAAUAGCCAGCUUAGCCUCCGACCCCGUCCUCGCCUUCAAACCUCGAUCUCAAAAGUUCGCAAUUCGCCUCCUCACACGCAUUGGCGAGCCAAUUAUCACGCAGCUAUUUUCCUGGUUACAACGUCUUACGAAUACUAUUCUUGCCUUGGAAUUCAUCCACCGCAAAGGGUUCGCCUUAACUUCGAUAUCUUCUUCCAAAUUAGCCUUCACAUACCCGUCAUCUAACAACAAUCUACGAGCGUCUAUAUCCUUCCAAUAUACUGAUACACCAGCACCCAUACCCUCACAAGACACCCCGCAAGCCAGGAACAAACGGCCCCUAGCUCAACUUCACAUGUCUCUCGACCUCAACGGCAAGAACCCUCAUCGACGCAUCAUGGAAUCAUUAACAGCUAUACUCAACGAUCCCUCAGCUGGCCUGGGCUUUACGUUAGAGUUGCUUACCAUCACCCUGCCCCUCCUAGAAGCUCUCGAGAAUAUUCUAGCAGAAACGAACGAUCGAUCCCGCCCCGUAGUCAGGAUAGCAGCCCGAUCCGCGAAAAUGUACCAUAUCACAUACCCAUCCCUCCAAUACCGAUUUCAUCUCACGAUGAAACAGCGCCGACAACGUAUUAGCUGGCUUCUACGAAACGGCACCAUGCCCAGCGUCAGAAUGAACCAGGUGGCGCUAGAAAGCGAGUUGACAAAUAAGAUAUUACGCGUCAACGGGGAGGGCUGGCGUGGGCUUGGAGACGGUGCAAUGGCCGAAGCUGAAAAUCCCGCCGACCUAAUCAUGGUGCUAGAUAACAUUGUUAAAACACAUGUUGCUCAACUCAUGCGACCGAAUGGUGCUACUGGCGCAGACAAGGUUAAACGCGAGGAAGGGAAUAAUUCUAUCCCGGCUUCAUUAAGUAACAACAUCAACCAGCAUGUUGUGUCGAAUGCAAAUACGGUCCCGAAUAACGAAUCAGAAGCUAACCGGCAAGCUCAUAAUGCCGGCAUAAUCACCAUUGAUUGA